AGGCCACAUUUUUUUGUUUGUGACCUUCUUAUUCAGUUUGUAGCUUAGCUUUUGUGCGGCAGUGACAUGCUAGAUCGGUUCUCAGAACCUUGCACAGUGGGAUACCGAUUGCUUUCAUACAAGAGUUUCAGUUCAAAGCAAUGAAGUUAUCUGUACAGCAGCCUUAAUCAGACAAGAACAUACAAACAUGUAAGCAUGAAGUUAAAAGCUUGAAGUUAAAGGAGAGAGUUUGUGUGAGUACUGAGAGAGAACAGAAAAGGGGCAGCAUACAAAGAGCCACAGGCAAGAAUUUAAGCCUCUCCCCCUCCUUCCCAGACCUCCCUCCUGCUCUCUCCCUCCUCGCCUGGCAAUGAACAGCUGCCUUUGCAUGAAAAGAAGGGACGAUUUUCCACGCUUAACAGAUCACCCUAAUAUGCCUGAAGUGCGGGAUCUCUCUGACGCACUGACAGAUUUGUCAAUGGAUCCCAUCACUGGCGUUGGGGUAGUAGCAUCACGGAAUCGCGCACCCACGGGGUAUGAUGUGAUCUCUCAAACAACAGAUGGUUUGGAUGCCGACCUGUGGAAAGAUGGCCUGUUUAAGUCGAAAGUGACGAGAUACCUCUGCUUCACCAGGGUCUUCUCCCGAGAGAAUAGCCAUUUGGGAAAUGUGUUGGUGGACAUGAAACUAAUCGACAUAAAAGACACAUUACCUGUUGGCUUUAUUCCCAUUCAGGAAACAGUCGACACACAGGAAGUCGCCUUUAGGAAAAAGCGUCUCUGUAUUAAGUUUAUCCCACGGGACUCCACAGAAGCUGCCAUUUGUGAUAUCCGAAUUCUGAGCCGUUCCAAGCAGGCCCCACCUCAGUAUACUUUCAUAGGGGAGCUGAACAGUAUGGGAAUUUGGUACAGAAUGGGAAGAGUCCCUCGGGCCCCUGAUUCACCUCAGCCAUCGACACCGUCUUCCCCUUCAGCCAUUGUUACGUCUGCAUCUGCGCCAAACCUCCCACGACACAUCUCACUCACGUUACCUGCCACAUUCCGGGGAAGGAAUAACACAAGGCCGGAUUUUGAAAAUCAGCAGUCCAAUUUAUAUGCAAUAUCAGCCAUGGAUGGGGUACCUUUCAUGAUCUCAGAGAAGUUUGCUUGUGCAUCUGAGGGGAUGCAGCAAGUUGACCUUUUGGGAAUCACUAUCAAGUCGCUGGCCGAAAUCGAGAAGGAGUAUGAUUACAGCUUCAGGACAGAACAGAGUGCUGCAGCCCGUCUGCCCCCUAGUCCUGCCCGCUGCCAGCAAAUGCCUCCACCCUGAGACAGAAGGAAGGGCACAGGGCAUGCAAGGUGCCACGCACAAAUACUACUGAGCAGAACCCAUUGCUGCUGAUCUUGAUAUUAACCUCUUCCCUGCCAGAGCCGUUUCAACAGGGAGGUGUCCUUUUUCUAACAGCAUCUGUUUUCGUAUUGGUAUUUUGUAAAUAUAAACAGUAUGGGGGGGGAAGAUGGGGUAAACUGAGCAAAAAAAAAAAAAAAAACACAUUGUAAAGAUGUAUAACCACUUGUGAGCCUUUCCAGGUUCAACGUGCCACAGUGUAUAUCAGAGUAUGUUCAGCCUGUUACAUGAUGAGAUGGGAAGGAGUCAUCAAACGGAGCAAGUAGCUCUCACAUCUGUUUCCUUAUGGAAAACACCACUCUCGGUGCCACAAUGCACUUUGCUGUACGGUCGUGAAAUACAAAUUAGCUAGCAGAUACCAAUCUGCAAUGAUCCAUUCAGGGCACAUCACAAUUCAAGUCACUGGUGGGUGUAACCAUUUAUCACAAUCACAUGUUGCACAGUUUUGUGACUAUGUUAAGGGAUUACAAAUAGCCGGAUUCAUGGAGAACAAGAUCUCAACCUGUGCUAAAUGUUGUAGGAUAUAGUAGCUGGAGGGCAGGGAAUGUGAUGUACCUGGUUCAAAUGUCUGCCUUUCAAACUCUGAAUAUGUUUUCUAUUAAAGUUAUAUAUGGAA